AUGCUUGCUAGCAAAGCCCGCUCGGCGCCCCAGCGGCGUACGCUCCAUCUAUGCCUGACUGGCCUUGGUAACCCCGAGCCACAGUAUCGCAACACCCGGCACAAUGCAGGUCUUAUCUUGCUGGACCUACUGAAGGCGCACUACGCCCCUGGCAAACCGUGGAUGCCCUGCACAGUCCCCCGGGUGGCGGCCUCAUACUGCCACGCUUCGCGGCACGAUCUGCUGCUGUUGCGCUCGGACGGCGCUUUCAUGAACCGCAGCGGCCAGAACGUUGUGCCGCUCUGGCAGCGCAUCGGCGGCGCAACGCGCGUGGUGGUGCACGACGAAUUGUCGCUGCCCCUGGGCAAGGUGCAGCUCAGGGCACCAGGGCGCAGCCCGCGUGGCCACAACGGGCUCAAAAGCAUCAUUGCUGCCGGCGCGCAGGGGACCUACUACAGCCUCGCCGUCGGCAUCGACCGCCCGGAGACACGGAAGCCGGCCGCGAUUGCAGACUACGUGCUGUCGCGCUUCUCGCGCGCCGAGCUGUCGCAGCUCGAGCAGGAUGCUCUCCCGGCGGCCCUGGGGCACCUCAACGGGCUGCUGGGGGUGGUUGUCACGUGA